CUCCACACGAACAGGCCAUGUCCUGUAACCCUAGCCCACCCAGAGUACCUUCUCCUCUCUUCCGGAGCGUACCGACUGGCCAGAGCUCCCUAUCCUAGGGCCUGGCGACACAAACGACGCUAGCCGCCGCAGGCCCGCAGGACCGCAGCCCCACCUCCAUACGGUCUGACAGCUCAGCUCCAUUCAGCUCCACCAUCUUCAGCGCUCCUCCCCGCCUCCCCCUCCCCACCCCCUCCCUCCCGCCAUCACCAACCACCACGACGACAAUGGGCCUCAUCAAAUUCCUCUUCAAGAGCGGCUUCUACAGCACGUGCGGUGCGGUCGGGGCGUUCGCAGUGCUGACACGGAAGUCGCAGUUCACGUCGCUGUCAGAGGCGGACGCAUUCAAGGCGGCACACCUGGGCACGUACAAUCCGCACGGCAACCCGAUGCUGCGCGAUCGCUGCGUGCGCCGUGUACGGUUCGAUAAGAUACGACCUGAGCUGCUGGAGCAGGAGGGAGCGCUAGUUACGGAAUUUUGUAAGGGGAUUUGGAGCGGGAAAGGCUACGAGAUCCAGAGGCGCGUGCUGGAGCGGAAGCACCAUGGCCCGGAAACGGCGGGGCAGCUGUGGGCGCCGGAGCAGCUGGCGGCGUCGGACUACUCUGUCGGCACGCAGAUCACGGACCACUUCGAGGUGAUCGAGAAGACGCCCGAGCGGAUCGUUACGAGGUGCGGUGGGUCGCCAAGGACCCGCGGGGUCAGGGCCAACGACGGCAUCUUCGAGAUGGGCGCGAAGGUUAUCCCCGAGGAGGGAUGUGUCGAGUUUGCCCUCGAGAGUGUCUUCUAUCAGGGUCUGGGAAAGACCGCAGAGACAAUUCCCACGUGGAUGGAGUUCUUGCAUCAGCAGUAUACCAAGGUGUGGAUGGAGACGGCGGUGUGGCAUUGUAUGCGGUAGGGAGUGGGAGUAAUCACCCACUUCACAGCGGGAUAGGGGCGAGGGGAGGGAGGGACAUAUGUAGGAAGAGGGAGCUUGCCUGGGCGGGAGCGUGUAGCACGCUUAGUGCCAAUCAUGUUGAAUCACUCGCAUUUCUCAUAUCUGUCGAUCACAAAAACAUUCGAAACGUCUCGAGCUGCCGAUAAAUCCGAGGAUGCAUACCGGAUUGCUUGAAAGUGCAUGUUGAGCGAGAUAGUUAACCCGUGCGCGUACCUUGUAGGU